AUGGUUUCAACCUUGUACAAGCAGUCAGUUUGUUUAACAUUCGUGUCUGCAUUGUUUGAAACGCCUGCGCGAAUUUCCUUGGGAAUGGACGUGGGUGGUAGGGGUAGCGCGGGAUUCAGGGUCGAAAUUGCACGGUGGUUGAAAAGCAUCGGACAUCAGUCGAGGACAGGCGGUCUCGCGUUUAAGUGGUCUAUCAAUUCCAUGUCGCCUUUGGUCCUGUUCUUUCAUUACGGAGUUCUGGCCAUCAUUUUCGGGAACGGUUUUGGGGAUGAACACGAAUACAGACUGACGAAGUAUUUGCUCGAUGGAUACGACGCCGGUGUACGACCAGCUAAAAAUUUCUCCCAACCCCUGUCGGUUGUCUUUGGCCUUUCUCUUCAUCACAUAAUCGACGUGGACGAGAAGAACCAGAUACUGACGACCAACUGUUGGUUGACACAAACCUGGACGGACCAUCACCUGAAAUGGAACGCCUCGGAAUUCGCUGGAAUUCAAGUGAUCCGCGUUCCUUACAACCGUGUCUGGAGACCGGACACGAUUCUGUACAACAACGCCGAUCCACAAUACAGCUCGGCAGUCAUCAAUACGAACGUGAUAGUCAGCUACACAGGGCAAGUGGUGUGGUUGAGCCAUGGAAUAUUUCGCAGCAGCUGCGACAUCAACGUAGAGUUCUUCCCUUUCGACGAGCAACGAUGCGUCCUGAAAUGGGCCUCCUGGACGUACGAUGGAUACCAACUGGAGCUGGAGAGGCAAAGCGAAGAGGGAGACGUGAGCAAUUACCAAGCAAACGGUGAAUUCGACCUGCUUGAGUUCUCCGCGAGAAAAAACACCGAAUACUACUCCUGCUGCCUGGAACCGUAUCCAGAUAUUACUUACGAGAUACGACUGCGACGACGACCCACGUUUUACGUCUUCAACUUGAUCCUUCCGUGCAUACUCAUCAACAGUGUCGCCCUGUUGGUAUUCUACGUGCCGUCUGAAUCGGGGGAAAAGGUCACCCUCGGGAUUUCGGCGCUUCUCUCCAUGACAGUCUUCCUAAUGACUAUUCGCGAGACACUGCCGCCCACGGAGAAAACACCGUUGAUAAGUCUUUAUUACGGAGUCAGCAUAUGCCUGGUAUCCUUCGCUUCGGGAUUAGCGGUAGUUACAUUGAAUCUUCAUCAUCGUGGCGUUCAAGGUACCAGAGUGCCUGGUAUCGUUCGCUCGUUGGUCUUGGACAAGCUCGCCAGGAUAGUGUUUCUUAAUUUCCAGGAGGAAAAGAGAUCGGACCCUGUCGAGCCUCCCAGAAGAAAAAACAAUUGUCCAUUGCACUGCAAACCGGAACUGGCCCAGUCGCAAUCGUCGCCCAAGUUCGUAACCAGAAGAGAGGAAAGUAACAGCAGCAGUCCUAGUUUAGAUCUUGGUAAAGAGAGCCUUGAAGCGCAAUGGUUGCGUGUGCUGGGAAGAGUGCACGCGACGAUCGACAGGAAUGAGAAGCGUCUGGCGGAACAAGACCGUCGCGAACGAAUGGAAUUAGAUUGGAAACAAGUCGCGUUAGUCAGUGAUCGAGCGUUACUUUGCGUUUUCUUCUUGACAACGGUCGUCAGCACCACCGUUAUCCUCUGUGGCUCUCCACCAGCCACGAAUAUCGCCAAAGAGGGAUAGAUUCGAGAAGGACGCUGAUAGGAAAAUUGUAUUAACCGGGCAGCGGAUUCGACUAACUUUGUUUCGAAUAAGAUCGAUGGAUUAAGUAUUAAGCACUGGUAAUUAUAAGCAAUCUUAAGGCUAAGAUGUAUAAUGUUCGUCUAUCGGAGAUAAACUGCUGUGAAAAUAAAUUCUUUUUGUUUUAUGA